UAUGUUAAAUUGCUCAUUGGCUAAUAUGACUCUCCCGUGGCGGUGCAAUUUUCAUCACCAGAAAUUGUAAGAAGAUGGUAGAACGUUGUACGAGUCCGAUUGUGUUGCUCUGUCUCUUCUCAUUUUCUGCACUUACUCUAGCUUUUUCGCCAUGCCCCCUCACUGGGUUACCGCUGGUGAGAAAUAUCAGUGAGAUUCCUCAGGAUAACUACGGUAGGGCUGGUCUCUCUCACAUGACUGUUGCAGGUUCAUUGUUGCAUGGAAUGAAAGAGGUUGAAGUAUGGCUUCAAACAUUUUCACCAGGAACACACACCCCAAUUCAUAGACAUUCCUGUGAAGAAGUUUUCAUUGUUCUCAAAGGGAGUGGCACUCUUUAUCUUGCAUCAGAUUCACAUGGAAGAUACCCUGGAAAGCCACAGGAGCACUUCAUCUUUCCAAAUAGCACAUUUCAUAUUCCUGUUAAUGAUGCUCAUCAGCUUUGGAACACCAAUGAGCACGAGGACUUACAGGUGCUUGUCAUAAUAUCUCGUCCUCCAGUUAAAGUGUUUGUAUACGAGGACUGGUCCGUGCCUCACACUGCAGCGAAAGUGAAAUUCCCCUACUACUGGGAUGAGCAAUGUUAUCAAGAACCUCCAAAAGAUGAAUUAUGAUUUAUAGUCAUGGUUUACACAUUUUAUUACUGAGAUUUUCUAUCACUGUAAAGUAUUUUCUUAACUGAAAGUCAAAGCUAUCAAGACAGUGCCGAUUAAAAAAAAAAAGAAGCUAUCAAGACAGAUUUAUAUUGAUUAGUCUUAUAUCACUGCUUCAUUCAUAAA